GCCUUUCGCCAAAGCUAUCGUGGCUUCUAGCUGGCCUGCAGCGGCCUCACGAAACAGAGCGCCUAGCCAUGCAGUGUGUCACAAACUCACAAAUGGCUAAAAUUUAAAAACAGCCUCCCCCUCCACUCUCUCCAGCAAAAUAUAAGUCAACUUCACAACACAAUUUUGACUGUGUAAUGGCAUAUAUACGUGAAUCAUGUCACUGUGUACGAAUACAAGAUCUGCCGGAGGAGAUAUUAGAGAGAAUAAUGUCAUAUCUUUCGCCUUACAGUGACUGCAAAAAUGCAUCGCUCGUGUCGAGGAAGUGGCGUCGCUUGAUGCAAGGUGUCGUCAAGAGGAGACUGCAGGCUUUCCAUUUGGCUGCUAGAUCAGGAUCUCUGAGGUGGUCUCACACAGAACAACAAUCAGCAAACUGUGUGGAUGGCCGCUUAUCUCACAGUGCUUGCUGUGUAGAGGGUGUCAUGUAUAUGUUUGGUGGAAUGAUACCAUCCGCCCGUGGAAGUGGAAGUGGAACGUGUUUCUGUGAUCUACGAAUAUUGGAUUUGGGAGACAGAGGAUGGACACGUCUUAUGCCAACAGGUGAAUAUCCCUCCCCCAAGGCAGCUGCCUCGAUGGUCCAUCACAAUGGUUCUCUGAUCUUAUUUGGUGGAUAUGCACCUCCGGUUCCCAACCCUCCCCAUCAACCUCCGACUGUCUUCAACGAUCUUCACAUUUAUGAUAUCGCCAAGAAUCAUUGGAAGUGCGUAGUGACUAGCACAUCACCCCCUCCCCUAGCCAAUCAUGGAGCCAGUAUGAUGGGCGAUUUGAUGAUCAUAUUUGGUGGCGGCAGUGGAAGCAGACACAAGGGAAAUGAUGUGUGGGUGUUUUCACUUCAGAGCAUGGUGUGGAGUCGGAUGGAGAUAGAAGGAAAGAAGCCACAUCCACGUGACAAGCAUGUACAGGUUGUUGAAGAUGACGGCCACAUCUUGAUCAUAGGAGGACUAGGAAACUUUGAUCAGGAACUUCAAGAUGUUUGGAUGCUUGACAUAAGUGAAGUGCCCUGGUGUUGGAGAGAAGUGGAAGUAAGAAAACCAGAACAUGCAGCUCGUAACUUUAUUGGCCAUGCAGCUUGCAAGAUCGGUGAAUGUGUUGUGAUCUUCAAUAGCCUACGAAAAAGCUCCAAGUCAGUUGGGAGUGCAUUGUCUCGGAUGUUUACACAAAAUGGGAAUCGUCAGCGAGGGGCAUAUUCAUCUCAAUCCAGCCAGUUAUCACUGCAUUCAACCAAUCAAAGAGGAGCUGUUGAAAGUGGAUCUCUACGAGACCUCCACCCAGAAGCCAAACGUCUGUGCAGUCAAUCUAAUGACAAUGUAAAUCAAAACAGUGUAGUGAACGAUUCCAAUCAGCCAUCGAUGAGUGACCCAAACAGUGAAAGUGUUCAGAUCGGCUGCCCAUGCUCAACAGAGUGUCAGUGUAAAACACCUGUGACUUACAAACUACGCGCCCGUAACAGACGGACGUUGUCACCCACUAAACUUGGAUUAUCUCCACCACUAGAUUCCAAGAUCCCAUACGGCGAACAACAAUAUGUUCUUGACAUUAGUAAAGCAGUUACGGACUGUCAAGUUGAAUGGCUUGAAAUUCCUGAUCAGAAUGCAGGACGUAGUCCUAUAAACUUCAACCAUCCAUCUUUAGAGAGGAGAUAUGGCUUGGCACCUGAAGCACUGUAUCCGUCCAUUUGUGUUGGUAGGGCUGAAAUUAUACGCUUUGGAGGCAUGCUCAUGGAUAGGAGAUGUCCUAGAGCUUUGAAUGAUCAAUACUAUGCAUUCUAGCUUCAUGAGUAGAUACGUAUGACUGUAGGCUGGAGUGAAACUGGGGGCAGGGGUGUGUGUUCAGAUUGUAUCUGUAAUUGUGAACACAAUUGAAAAGGACCACAAAUGGCUGGAACUCAUUUACAAUUCUUUGUACGACGUUUAAGGCCAAUUUUUCUGUGGUACCUUGUGACAGUAAUUUUCAGUUAAAAUCAUGUUUUUGGUUAAAACAUUCACCCAUUUCCAAAAUAAGUUGAUUAUAUCAACGUAAACUAUGUGUGAUUGUGAGGCAUUGGGUUCUAUGAAUAAAAAGUGGCAUUUGCUUUUAUAACCAAU